UUAAAUGAAUAAACAAAAAAGUCCAUGGCUUUAGUUGUCCUUUUUCUACGCCUGAUCAGCCACUGACGGGAAACCUCAUGCUCCUCCUCCGGGUUGCAGCCGCCGCCAUCACCGGCGCCGCGGCGCUGCUCUCCGUCCGCAGGUACCACCGGGAGAGAGCCAUCUAUGCCCUCCGUCGCGAGCUACGCGACGCGCUCCUUCUCCUGGACGACUCGCCUGCGGUGCUGGUCGCCGGGUUCCGGGCCCACGGCAAGAGCUCGUUCGUCAACACCGCGUGCCGCGUCCUCUCCGCCGAGUCCGGCCCGCUGAUCCUCCGGGCCCAGACCGCCCCCGGGGGCGGCGCCACUCCCGAACAACGCCGCGUUGUACGGGCUCCCGUGGCAAGGCCACCCGACGGCGCAGCCGGCGAGGAGGAGGAGGAUGACGAAGACGGUGCGGUGGUGGAUUUGAUAGACGCGCCCCCGUUUCCGGAGCCGCGGAGGCUGACAGAUGCUGACGUGGAGGCGGCGCUCACCGGCGCCCCGACGGCGGAGUGCGUGGUGCUGGUUCUGCGCUGCGGCGGGUCGUCGAAGCAUCGCCACGUGGCGGUCAAAAAACUUGCUGAAGUGGCCAACGCCAUUCGCCAACGUGGGUUGCAGUUUGUGGUUGUGUUGACCCGAAAGAACAACCUAAAGAGCAAGAGAGAAGCCUCCGAGCUCCGUCAAAAGAUCAUUGCUCAGGUUCAAAUCAAUUGUGUCUAUUUCCUUGAGAAUUAUGUAGUCGAUGAAAUGCUCAACUUCAAAAUACCUUGGAGCAUGAACAAUCAAUUUGAGACACAUUUCACAACACUAGUAAUCAUGAGGCAAUGUGUGGAAUUCAUCAAGGUACAUCGAUGUAAUAACUCAAGAAUAAUGUAAGCAUCAAAUGAUGAAUAAAAUAAUUAGUAUUUUUGUUAUUUUUAAAA